AGGCUUGAUCCUCGUUUAGGAAUCCUCAUCCUCGUCACUCAAGAGUGUAGUUCGAGUAGUCUGUAGUGGGCGAAGGGGAUCAAGGUUCCAGUGGGGAGAGACAACCCGGGGACGAAAAUCUUUGACACGUUUUAUCAUCAUGACUGAGGAAUCCGCAGAAAAGCCUGUGUCGUUUCACCAUCGCUUGGGACGAAUUCGAGAAAAACUGUUCCAUAAUGACGAGUCUGGAUUGUCUUUGGAGGGUCUUUUGGACGCAUUCCAGCGGAUCCCUUUACAAGUGUCGGACGACAAUGAUCGUAAGAUCAAAGCUGAAUUCACCGAGUACCAAUCCCUCAUGGCCAAUCCGACCGACUUUGAUAGCUUAGCAACCAUUGGUCACGGCCAUUUCGGUACCGUUCAUCUAGUCCGGGAAAACACGGGCUCGAAUCGGAUUUACGCUAUGAAACGCAUGGCAAAGAAUGGUGUCACCCCGCAGUCGGCUCAAAUCGAGCGCGAUAUCAUGGCCAAGACCAAGUCCAAUUGGUUGGUGCCUUUGAAAUAUGCCUUUCAGGAUCCUCGCUAUUUGUACUUAGUUAUGGAAUACUGUCCAGGUGGAGAUCUACGCCAUCUUUUAGACAGGAACGAUGGUCGCUUGAGUGCGGAAAUGACUCAAUUUUACUUGGCCGAACUCACUUUGGCCAUCAAUGCAGUACAUUCCUUGGGGUAUGUGCAUCGUGACAUCAAGCCCGAGAACGUUCUUCUGGAUCGGUUUGGCCAUUUGAAACUCACCGAUUUUGGCUCGGCCGAACUCAUCGACAAGAAAGAUCAGAAGGGUCAGGACAAACCGAUUGGGACGCCCAAUUACGUUUCCCCGGAAAUUCUUCAGUGUCUGGAGAAUGACGGGGAUGGAUGUCACGAAACAAAGAGCGAUUAUUGGUCCAUGGGUGUCGUGGCCCAUGAGAUGAUCACCGGGAAAACGCCAUUCGCAGAGGCCAGCUCCGUGAAAACGUACCAUAACAUCAUGCAUAAAAAGACUGUCGAUCAAUUGGGUGUGCCAAAGGUGCCCAAAGAGCUUCAACAACUUCUGGACGGCCUCCUAACUGACAUCGAAUAUCGUUUCGGGUACGCGGAAGUUGUCCGACAUGAAUACUUCUUGAAUGUCGACUGGGAUGAGUUGUCCAACGCAUGUGCUCCAUUUAUGCCCAACAUCAAAGAUCUCUCCGAUACAACCUACUUUGACCUGAAUCGCUCCUCCUCCGAAGCACCAGAGCCUGACCCUAGCUCUUUGAAGAAGAAAGACGGCAAGUCACACGCCAUUAUCGGGUUUUCCUACGCCGGCAAACAUCCGGAAAGUCUUCGAUAUAGUCGCCAAUUUGGAGGGGAUGAUUGCUCCGAUAUCGUAUCCAGUCUCAGACGUCAAAAUGAAGAUCUACGAAUAAAGCUUAGCAAAUUGGAGCGAGAGAAACGUUUGAGUGAAAAGCGUCAGUCGACCAAUACGGACUCGGAUUCGAAAUCAGAUCUGGAGAAGUUGAGGAAUCAAGAGAGACAGGAUCUGAAGGUGACAAUUUCGAAAUUGGAAAAACUUUUGGAGACCGAACGCGAGGAACGCUCGCAAAUGGAGAGAAAAUCUGUGGAGAUGCUCACAGAACUGCGCAAAAGCUGGCAAGAACGAGAAGAAAUCAGAGUUCAAGGAAUCAGGUCCAGCUUAGAAAAGGCCGAGAACAGAAAGGUCAAAUUAGAAAACGAACUUCGGGAUGCCGUUCGGAUCAUUGAAGGUCAGACUUCUCAGAUCGAAUCUGCUACAGAUGUGAAAGAGAGCUUGAAAAACAAGUUAAAGGAAUACAAGGCCCGCCUAGAAGAGAGUGUCACGAAGUACAAGCAAGCCCUGAACAAGAUCGAAAGAUUGAAGCACGACCAUUCUGGGGUGGUUCAAGAGCUCGAAAGCAAGGCUUGCACGUCCGUCCGAGAGAAGACCUUUCUCUUGGAUGAGUUUGAAAGCAAAGUUGACGACCUGGAGUCGGAAGUGCAAUCCUUGAAGGAAGAGCUCACCUCGGCCCAAAAAGUGAACAAGGAUCAAAAAGAGACCAUCAAGAAUUUGAAGAAGGAGAAGAACGGUUCUGAAGUGGAAAGAGCCAUUGAGAUGAAGGAGUUGAGGAAUGCCAAAUUCGACGUGGAGCAAGCCAAAGCUGAUUUGAAGUCCCAAUUGAAGGCCGCCAAGGAGGAGAACCAAUUGGCCAGUAGAACCAUUCGUGAGCAAAACGAGAAGUUGGAUAGCUUGGAGAAGAUCUUGGCCAAGUUCGAGAAGAAACUGCAAUCUGCGGAAUCAGUUCCCUCCCCAAAACCAAGGAAGAUCCUUCAAGACAUCCAAGCGCCUCCCACUCAACCCAAACAGCUCCCAUGUGAGUGCAAAGAGGCCAAGGAAGAGGUCAAAAUGAAGGCCAUCGAAGUGAGGAUGUUAGAGCGAAAGAUCGAAAAGUUGGAAGAAAGAAUCAAGUUCCUUCGCGAGACCAUGAUCAAAGAAGAGAAGGAGGGCAGGCUGAAGGCUGAGAGCGAAUUGAAAGAGGCCAAUGAGAAGCUCGAAAAGAUUGACAAGAAUCAGAUGGAGGUCAAGGAGGUGCGAGAAGUUCACGCCCGAACCGAAAAACGGCUACGGGAAGAAGUUGAAACCCUUGAGAAGAAACUCUUAGAUCAACGCCAGAAGGAACAAGAGAUAACCACUCUCAAGAACGAAUUAGAGCGGACCAAGACUCAGAUGACCAAUCUGAAGAAAUCGUCAGACGAAAUGAGUGAAUUCAAAGAUAGCUUUCUUACCCUCAAGACAACUUGCAUUGAGCUUCAAGAGCAGAUCGGCGACUACGAGGCUUUGGUGGACAAACUGGAGCGAAAAGUGACCGAUUUGAAGCAAACCAACGAUCGUCUCACCAAAGAGAUCACGGAAAUGUCGGAAACUGUGUCGAGCGUAAAAAUUGAGAAAAAUGAAUUGCAAUCCAAACUGAUUUACACCGAAACCCAAUUCAAAGCGGUCCAAGCCAAACACAACGACAUCGAGACCUUGUACAAAGAGGAGGAGAAGAGUUGGAACGAGCGACUGAGCCAUUUGAAUUUGUCCAAACAAGACCAGAGCGAUGCUUUGGUCAACCUCAAAAAUCAGCUCAAUGCAUUGGCCAAGAACUACGACUUGGUUAACGAAGAGGUAGAAGGCCUCCGUAAUGACAACCUCGCCCUGAAAGAGGAACGUUCUCAACUCAUUACCAAUUUAUCAUCAUUGAAGGAUUCCAACCUUAAACUGAACAGUGUCAUGGAAGAGAUGCUUGAAAAAAUCGCCAAGAGAAACAAGGAGAUCCAGAAAAUGAAAGAAGACUUGGCCAGCGUUCUCGAGGAUAAAGACAAACAUGAAACAGAAACACAUACCCAAAUCAUUCAAUUGCGAAAGCUAGUUGACCAUUUGCAAGCCAAGAACGAUGCCAUGAAAGUAAAAGGCAAAGCCAAAAAGCGCCACGCCGACCAAAGUUAUGCCCUUUCAUACGAAGAGAUCCAAGAGGAGCUCAUCCAAGAACGGCAUAAGGUCCGAACCCUAAUGGAAGAAAACCGACGGUUCAGAAGUGGAUCUCCAGUUCGAAAAUGACAUUUCCCUUAGUUGUGUAAAGUAAAUCAAUCAUCUGUAUAUGUAAACAUUCUAUCAUUACUCCCCGCUUUCGUCGACAUAAAUAACUAGAAAACAAUCAAUAAUUUGGAGUCUUGUAAAUAAGUUGUGUGAGAGUAACAAAAUUUAGGUUGCGUUACAAGUGAACUUCAAAACAAAAGCUAUUACUUCCAACACCGUAUUGAAUUAGGAUGUUACAAAGACACUUUUCCGGAAGAUUGAUCCCCCAAAUUAGAUGGUUUUCUCAAAGCCGGAUAUUGGAAGAAAAGAAACAAUUUGUGAGACCACCUGGGAAACCCAUGCUCAACCUCGCGACCAUAGGAUCUUCUCAGCACGGAAAGACUAGUCUGUCGAGUCUGUUAACCCGUGCUAGUCAUGAUUUGUUUCCUGAAAUAGAAGCUAAAGCCAUCGAGGACAUUGACAACACUUUACCAGAGCGAGAAAACUCGCAUUCCGUCAAUGCAACUCACCUCGAACUACAGACACACAAUCACCUGAUAAACUUAUCGGAUCU